AAAGGAGGACAUGAUGGUAGUUUCACACACUUUGCCACGCUGGCUGUUAUGACUUGUGAUCUCUCUCACUUCAAUCCUUUUAUAAGCGAAAGCCAAGUACAAGUAGUCAGGUGUCUCUCUCAUUAACAAGUGCUCUUCGCCACUACUCUCCGAUUCAUAUAACCUUUAUCUUAGAUCGUUGCAUAAUGUCAAAGACUGGCUCUCUGGAUCUCGCCUCCAACCUUGGUGGAAACAUCGAUAAGUCCGAUGUUCUCACAGCCGUCGAAAAGUAUGAGCAGUAUCAUGUCUUUCAUGGAGGUGACGAGGAAGAGCGAAAAGCUAAUUACACUGACAUGGUUAAUAAGUACUAUGACCUUGCUACUAGCUUUUAUGAGUAUGGUUGGGGAGAGUCCUUCCACUUUGCACACAGAUGGAAGGGAGAAUCACUUAGAGAGAGUAUCAAACGUCACGAGCACUUUCUUGCUCUUCAGCUUGGCGUUAAACCAGGACAAAAGGUUCUGGAUGUGGGGUGUGGAAUUGGUGGACCACUGAGAGAAAUUGCACGAUUCAGCAAUUCAUCUGUUACUGGGCUCAACAAUAAUGAAUACCAGAUCACCAGAGGCAAGGAACUAAACCGACUUGCAGGUGUCGACAAGACAUGUAACUUUGUCAAGGCUGACUUCAUGAAGAUGCCAUUCCCUGAAAACACUUUUGACGCUGUUUAUGCUAUUGAGGCAACGUGCCACGCACCUGAUGCAUAUGGAUGUUACAAAGAGAUCUUCAGAGUCCUAAAGCCAGGACAAUGUUUUGCUGCCUAUGAGUGGUGCAUGACUGAUGCAUUUGACCCUGCUAACGCCCAACAUCAGAAAAUAAAGGCAGAGAUAGAGAUCGGAGAUGGUCUCCCUGACAUUAGGCUUACUUCAAAAUGCCUCGAAGCCCUGAAACAGGCUGGUUUUGAAGUGAUAUGGGAAAAGGAUCUGGCGGAGGACUCGCCAGUCCCAUGGUACUUACCUCUGGACAAAAACCACUUCUCGCUCAGUAGCUUCCGCCUAACAGCUGUUGGACGGUUCAUAACCAAAAACAUGGUGAAGGUCCUUGAGUACAUAAGACUUGCGCCUAAAGGAAGCCAAAGGGUUUCAGAUUUUCUGGAGAAGGCCGCAGAAGGAUUAGUCGACGGUGGAAGGAGGGAGAUUUUCACGCCAAUGUAUUUCUUCUUGGCCCGGAAGCCAGAGUGAGCGGAUGAGAGAUGCUAAGUGAAGCUGACAAAAUUUCUCAAUUUGCUUUUUGUUUGUUUGUUCUAGUUCAUGUCCUUUUGUUGCAGUGUUUUUCAUGUCUUUUAUUUUCUU